ACAUUCAGAAUGAGAAGACAAUUGGAAACAUCACAUCAUCGAGCACACCAUCAAAAUCCAAAUGCCAAAAGGCAAGAUGAACCCACCCCUUAAUAAUACUAACCAAUUAUCUUCAUCUAUUUCUAUUUAACACAGCGAGAGAGAGAGAGAGUUUUAGAGUUUUGAUAUGGUGGCAUGGCAGCUAGUUGUUCUUGGACAUGCCACUUACUUAUAAUCACCACAGCUCCCUCUCUUUCUAUUCCAACACCAUCUUUUAAUCUUUUUCUUAAAAAUACAAGCAUCCCAUCUGGGUUUCAGCUGCGGCGGAGCAGAGAGAAUCGGUCAUUCCAACGGCGUCGUUUUGGGUUUGUUGUCGCUGCUCAGCUCACCAGUCACUUUCAUUCAGCUACUGACUUAGAUUCCAAGUCCAGUGAUAUAUCACACUUGCCAUGGAUUGGUCCACUGCCCGGAGAUAUAGCUGAAGUUGAGGCUUACUGUAGAAUCUUUAGAGCUUCAGAGCGUCUUCAUAAUGCAUUAAUGAAAACAUUGUGCAAUCCAGUAACUGGAGAAUGUAGCGUGUCAUAUGGUUUUCCCUCAGAAGAUAAACCGUUAUUGGAAGAAAAAAUUGUGUCUGUUCUUGGUUGUAUGAUAUGUCUUCUGAACAAAGGAAGGGAGGAUCUUCUUUCUGGAAGAUCAUCUCUGACUGCAUCAUUUAGCAUGUCUGACGUAAAUAUAUCAGAAGACAAGCUUCCACCACUUGCCAGUUUUAGAACUGAGAUGAAAAGGUAUUGUGAGAGCUUACAUGUUGCUCUUGAAGACUAUCUUACACCUGAUGACAUUGAAAGAGUGGGUAUAUGGAGGAAGCUACAGAGACUAAAAAAUGUUUGCUAUGAUUCUGGUUAUCCUCGACAGGAUGGUUCCCCAUGUCAUGCAUUGUUUGCGAACUGGACUCCAGUUUACAUGUCCACUUUAAAAGAAGAUAUAGAAUCUGAAAGUUCUGAGAUUGCUUUUUAUCGAGGUAGCCAAUUAACGGAAGAAAGUCUGAAGUGGCUCUUAGUCAAUGGAUUUAAAACAAUUGUAGAUCUCAGGGCAGAGGCUGUAAAGGAUCAUUUCUAUCAAGCCAUGUUAGAUGAAGCAGUUUUUACUCAGAAAGUGGAAUUGGUUAAACUUCCAGUUGAAGUUGGUACGGCUCCAACGAUGGAACAAGUUGAAAAGUUUUCAUCAUUGGUGUCCGAUUCAAGAAAAAAGCCCAUAUAUCUCCACAGCAAGGAAGGAGUUUGGAGAACUUCUGCUAUGGUUUCUAGAUGGAGGCAAUAUAUGACUCACUACAGGUCCCCAUCUCCCUCCAACAAGGCAGUCUUACCAAAUGGCAUCAUGUUAGGUGGUACUACUGACAUGAAAAAUAUGCAGAUGUCAGUAAAAUUGAAGGAAGAUGCACUUGAUGAUAAAAAUGGGUCCAUGGAAGUUGGACCAAAGACAAGGUACAGUUCCAUCGGAAAACUUCCUAAGAAAGACUCUCAAGCUCCUGACGAAAGCAACCAAUCUGAUAAUGGAAUAUCUGGUUCUCUUGAUACCAUGUCAAUUACACCUGAAGUUGAUGUUUACAAAAAUGAGUCUCUGAUCGAUGAUUGGAGUGCUGUAAAACCUUUCGACUCACAGCUACCUCCUUCAAAUGUUUUUUCCAGAAAGUCAAUGGUUCGGUUUUUCAAAAACAAAAAGAUCUCACCUGGCAGAUACUUCAAUAAUAACCACAAAAGAUGGAUGGAAUUGUGUGGUUCAAGAGGGAACUAUAACGGGACAAUUCUGAGUUCCAAAAGCAGUCAGACCAAUGUUAAAUUAGUAGACCAGCAAAGGGAAACUUCAAAUGGGUCAGCUAUUAGUUAUGUGAAUCCCGGUACUAAUGGGACUUACAAGGAAGGUGGCAGUUAUACAUAUCAGUCCUCUGACCCCAUUUCAACUGCACCUAGUGACAAAAUGUAUACCACGAGGAAAAGUGAUGAUCGUAUUAGUGCAACCAAUGGUUUAGAUAAAAGUGCUAUUUCCUCUACCAUGUCUUCUGAUCAAAGGAAUAAGACAACAGCCACUGUGUCUUCCCAAAAUGAUGAACUGGGACUGAUUGAAGGAAAUAUGUGUGCUUCAGCAACAGGUGUUGUGAGGGUUCAGUCAAGAAAGAAAGCAGAGAUGUUCUUGGUGCGUACAGAUGGAGUCUCGUGCUCUAGAGAAAAGGUAACUGAAUCUUCCUUAGCCUUUACCCAUCCUAGCACCCAGCAACAGAUGCUGAUGUGGAAAUCUACUCCAAAGACCGUAUUAUUACUGAAGAAAUUGGGUGAAGAGCUCAUGGAAGAAGCCAAAGAGGUUGCCUCUUUCCUCUAUCACCAACAGAAAAUGAAUGUCCUUGUUGAGCCCGAGCUACAUGACAUUUUUGCCAGAAUUCCUGGUUUUGGAUUUGUUCAGACCUUCUAUAGCCAAGAUACUAGCGAUCUUCAUGAGAGAGUUGAUUUCGUAGCUUGCUUAGGAGGAGAUGGGGUUAUACUUCAUGGAUCGAAUCUGUUUAGGGGUGCUGUUCCUCCUUUUGUUUCGUUUAAUCUUGGCUCCCUCGGAUUUCUCACUUCGCAUAUUUUUGCAGAUUAUAAGCAGGAUUUGAAACAAGUUAUUCAUGGGAACAACACGAUGGAUGGUGUUUAUAUUACUCUUAGGAUGCGUCUUCGCUGUGAGAUAUUUCGAAAUGGAAAAUCAGUGCCUGGAAAAGUAUUUGACGUCCUCAAUGAGAUCGUGGUUGAUCGUGGUUCGAACCCAUAUCUUUCUAAAAUUGAAUGUUACGAACAUGACCGGUUAAUAACCAAGGUCCAAGGUGACGGGGUAAUAAUAGCCACGCCAACCGGGAGUACAGCCUACUCUACAGCUGCAGGAGGCUCUAUGGUGCAUCCUAAUGUUCCCUGUAUGCUUUUUACACCCAUCUGCCCACACUCCCUCUCCUUCAGACCUGUUAUACUUCCAGACUCUGCCCGUCUCGAAUUGAAGAUACCCAAGGAUGCAAGAAGUAAUGCUUGGGUCUCAUUUGAUGGAAAGAGAAGACAACAACUCUCAAGAGGAGAUUCUGUUCGGAUAAAUAUGAGUCAGCAUCCACUUCCAACUGUCAACAAGUGUGACCAAACUGGUGACUGGUUUCGUAGCUUGAUUCGUUGCUUAAAUUGGAAUGAAAGGCUAGAUCAGAAGGCUCUUUAGGGGACUCGGUAGUCUAUUACAACCAUGGGUUGAGGUACUUGUAUAUUACUGUACAGAAUAUAGAUAAAACCUAGGUCAUCCAGUUUAGAAAUAUGAUAUAUACUGUCAUUCCCCCACAUAGGUUCCCUCAUAUUAAGGAAAGAACUGCAUUUCCUUUCCAUACCUUUUCCCAUUUAUCCAGUAUCAACAAAAGAAUGUGAUAGUUCUGUACUGUUCAUCAUACGAUAGUAUAGCUUAUAUGAAUAUACUACUUCUGGUUGGUCUACUUGUGGCACACAAGUGUAAAAUGAAAUAAACAAUUCUAACACGAAACAUGGAAGUUAGUUGAUUUUAUGUCA